GGGGAUGUGUUUAUUAGGGCGAGAGAGAAGGGGGGGGGUUCUCUGCCUCUGGAUGAGAUCUGGCAGAGCUCCUCCUUCCCUUCCUUUCCUAGUUUCAGUUCCAGAAACCGUUUUGUUGUCGGCGCUCUCACCCUUAUACGUUUCUCUAAAUUAAGGACUUAAGGAAAGUGCUCUGUUGGUAUCAUCUGGAGACGUCUCAGGCAUCUGUGCAGUCGAAUUGUCUCUGACUUUAGCUUCCAGUUGUGCAGUAAGAUGGCCUCUGAGGUGGGGCCGGCAGCUGGACCCAGGUUACAUCGCCUGUUCACCUGGUUUGACCCUGAAGCUACUGCGGUGGUGACUAUCCUGUUGGGGCUAUUCCAGGUGCUGCUGUCUGUUCCACUCGCUUUUGCAGAUGAAACUCUGCCAAGACUCUACAUACUGCCACUGGUCUUAGGACUUAUAAUUAUGGCAGGAGGAUCAUUCACCAUGGCCAGUGAGAGGAACCCCAGCAAACUACUGCUUCAAGGUUGUGUGUGCAGUAAUGUGGCUGGCCUACUGGGGGCAGCACUUGCCUUCUGCCUCUACAGCUACAACCUCAGCAUUGUACCCAAAGAUCUGUGUGAGCCUACUGACGGGGGCUACAGACCUUCAUAUUUGCGCUGUCCCGGGGAUGUCCUGUCGGCGUACUGCUGGAGUUUGACACUGCUGCUGCUGCUCUACGACACCGUGGCUGUGGUCUUGCACUGCCUCCUGUCUGUCUCUGCCCUCAAAGCACUCAAAACAGACUAAUACACACACUCACACACGGGAAACACACUUGCCGUACAUGUUGAAUUAUUUCUCAUCAGCAGUAGGCUAGCAUGUUUUUCCGUCACCGAUGUGAAGUGUCAAUCCUGCAGAUUUGUGCUUCAGUGGAUCUGGUGACACUGCAGAGAGUUUUCAUAAUAGAUGAGCAUGACCGAAUGUGCUCUGUUCAAAACAAAAUGUGUCCUGAGAGUGUAACAACAGAGUCAGGCAGAAAUAAGUUCUAAGCACAGUCAGCAUGGAUGUGACAAAAUGAUAUAAAUCAAAUAGUCAACAAAUAAAUGAUGAAACAUAAUCGGAAUAAACAUGAUAAAUGGAUUUAACCGCCAGCCAUCAAGCUAACUUUGAAAAUUGGACUAUCAUUUGACAUGAAGUGGCCAUGGCAUAAGUGAGGUUAUACACGAAAAUGUUAUUUUUGUACCAUCACUAAUAUUAGAGCUAGACUGAGAGCUGGUAUAUCGGCUGAUAUAAGCAUAUUGCAGAUACUGUACAGUAGGAGUGUAUGUGGUAAAUGUCAGUACAGAAAUGCCAAAGUAGGCAAUUUAGAUACAAAGUUAGUCCACCAGAGAGCACUGACAAGUUGGUUUUUACACUGUAAAAUGUCCAUAUCAGUAUGUGUCUCAAUAAAAAGCAAAACACAAA